UCCCCGGGGGACUUAUUGGGAAGCCUCCAGAUGGUUGAAUAUCCAUUCCAUUAGGUCGUUCAGAAUGCCUCUCAAUGGGUUGGCUGCGAGGUCAGCAGCGCCUGUUGCGCAGCAGCCAGGUUUCGCCGGUGCCUUUGCUCGCUUCUACCAACGGUCGUAUGCGCCGGAUUAUAUCGCGUUGGGUGUUCUGAUCGCAGGCUGGCUGUUGAUUCAAGCAUUCGUGACCCCGUUCCAUCGCAUGUUUUCUCUGGACAAUAAAGCGAUUCAAUACCCGUUUGCAGAGGUGGAGAGAGUGCCUGUGGUGAUGUCUGUUAUAUACGCGGGGUUCAUACCCUUUGUGAUCCUUCUGCUCUGGGCAGCCAUGUUCCAGCCCGGCACCCACAAGGCCCAAGUGACGAUCCUGGGACUGUUCAUCUCUCUCAUGUUGACGUCCUUCAUCACCGAUAUCAUCAAGAAUGCCGUUGGGAGGCCACGGCCGGAUCUUAUCUCUCGCUGUAAGCCUGCCAGAGGCACGCCACAGAACACGCUGGUCGCAUAUUCCGUCUGCACCCAGCCCGACGCACAUAUCUUUCAAGAGGGCUGGAGAAGCUUUCCCAGUGGGCACAGCAGCUUCUCUUUUGCCGGUCUGGGAUACUUUUUCCUCUUUCUAUCUGGACAGAUGCAUGUCUUUAGACCGAGGACAGAUCUCGGCCGCUGCCUGCUUGCCUUGGUGCCUUUACUCGGCGCUGCGAUGGUCGCCUGCUCGCGUCUUGCAGAUUACAGACACGACGUCUACGAUGUCACAUGCGGAUCGGUCCUGGGCUUCCUGGUGGCCUAUUUUUCCUACAGACGCUACUACCCUCACUUGCGGUCCGUCAGGUGUGACGUGCCCUAUGACAAGGCUGAUCUGGUUACGCCGGAAGAUUUUGGAAGACUCCCGGACGAUGAGGAGCGGCAGUUUGGACUUCUUUCCCGGACAUAUGACGGAACAGACGACACCUACCAGCUAGACGAGGCGGCGAACACUCGGGGGCGGUAGGGAGACUCUUUUUUUGGAACUUGUGGAUAUAGGAUGUAUUAUUUUUGUGACAGAUGAUACCCUUGGAGCAUUGAUCGGCCGAGAGAUUGCAUAGCGGAAGAGAGCGUAUUGUGGAAUUCUGAAGUCCUUCCUGACAACCUUUGAUAUAAACCCCAACUGCUUUAUGAUCUUUUUGACAUCUCUCCCUCGAUGGUAGUCCACUUUGUCACUUCUUGGAAGUCCAUGACUCUAUUGGGACCUCCGUAUCUACCUAGGGUAUCCUUCCAGUUUCUAUUUGUCGCAUUCUCGGGAUCCCACUUGACGAUCUCAUGAAUGUUGGGAGGAAUCUUGUCUUCCAUGGCAUCGACAAUCAGAUCGCCGAUCGAGGGAAGAAAUUUGAAUCCUGUGCGCAUACUUAGUCUGAAGCCUGCGGGGUGAGAUCUGCAUAGUGUAUGUAUAUAUA